GGUCAGGUACAAUUUGGUUAAAAAUAGUAUUUGCAAUGAUGCAAACAUCAUUGCAAUGCAUUAACAAAAAUGUAGCAUCAUUGCAAUUGAUACAAAUUUUCUAUUAAUUGUUUAACAAUCCAACAUUGACAACUUUUUGUUCAUUUAAUUUUUUUUGUUCAGGCACUUUUCUUGCGACGAGAAUACAUUUAAGUUGGUCAGUGAAAAUUUUCUUUGUACUUUUGUCAGUUAAGUAAAGGUUAAAGAGAAUGAACAAAUCACAGAUUCUGGAUUUUAUUGCAUUUUACAAAAUGUCCCACCUUUUCUUGAAAAGAGGUUGUAGCCUAUAAUAAAUUAAUUUAAAAUGUAGGCUACAAGUAUGUUAAAUCUGCCCUUGUUGUAAAAACCUGAACAGCUUUACAACGAGAGCACUUUUUUUAAUAGGCCAGAACAUUGCGAUUUAUGUUAUGGUUUAUUAGUUAAUAAUUGCCAGAGUUUUACUAGGGGAAAGAGCGUAUUUACAACAGGAUUUAAGUUCAAGUUUACUUCUGCAUUCGUGUCAUUUUGUGCAGAUGCAAGUUAAUAUUACACCUAUUGUUUUCGUCUGAUUAAUCUUAUUUGGGUAGGCUAUAUUAUACAUUUGGGUGAGUUCAUUAACCCUCUAGUAAAAGGCGUUAUUUUAUCAGUUCAUCCAAUUUCAGAAUUUUUCUUAAUCACAAUUUUUUUUUCAAAAGGUAUAUUGCAAAACGGAAUGUGGAACAAAAAUCGUUAUAUCUCAAUUAUCGUGUUUUCAUAAUCGCUGCAAGCCAAAAUUGGAUUAAUACCAAGCCCCACUUUUUUGACACAGGUAAGACAUGCCGAAGAGAAAGGACAUCCUUGAACUCGUUUUAGUUGUGCUACCAUGGAUUUUACUCAUCACGCUUUGGCUCCAACGUCCUGGCAACUCGUUGCUUCCAGUUCCGAAGGCUAACAGAACUGGGGUCGGUAAAGCUCACCAAAGAAGCUUUAGACUUCAUGAGCCCUGCAUCAUAAAGAACAAGCACAUCACUGAGAUCACCCGGAUGAAAUACGUCCACAGCCACUCUCUACCCUGUUUUGAUGCAUUGCCAACUCUUCAUGUAAUAACUCCAACCUACAGUAGGCCCGUCCAGAAGGCAGAGUUGAUCCGCCUCACUAACACUCUCCUACACGUCCCCAAACUUCACUGGCUAGUGGUGGAGGACGCGGCACAGAGCACGGCGAUGGUGUCCAGACUGCUGGAGAACACGGGACUGAAUUACACCCAUUUGAAUGUAGAGACGCCGCCGGAUUUCAAAGUGUUGAAGAAGCCCAGAAAUGAAAGUAUUCCACGUGGAACCAUGCAGAGGAACCUGGCUCUCCGCUGGCUCAGGGAGAACAUCAACUCCAGCUCGGGUCAUAAAGGAGUUGUGUAUUUUGCAGAUGAUGAUAAUACUUACAGCUUGGAGCUGUUUGAGGAGAUGCGAUGGACUCGUAAAGUAUCUGUCUGGCCGGUCGCCUUCGUCGGAGGUCUCCGGUACGAGACGCCCAAAAUCAAUUCUCAAGGCAAAGUGUUCGGCUGGAGGACGGUGUUUGACCCUCGUCGGCCUUUUGCCAUCGACAUGGCUGGGUUUGCAGUGAACCUUCAGUUCAUCCUCAGCAAACCUCAAGCCUACUUUAAGCUAAAAAGUGUAAAAGGCGGAUACCAGGAGAGCAGUUUGCUACAGGAUCUGGUCACUCUCAGUGACCUGGAACCCAAAGCCUCUAACUGCACAAAGGUACUGGUUUGGCACACCCGGACAGAAAGACCCCUGCUUGUGAAUGAAGGAAAAAAGGGAUUCACAAAUGCCAGCGUGGAAGUAUGAUGAACUGCUGUCAUGCAUUUUUUUAAUACCAAAGUAUCCUGUCAAAACUGGACUAGCAGCGAGAAAGUAUUAUUCAGCACACUGAAUUUAAACUGUCCCCUUGUCAAAGACAGACUUGAGUAUUUGACUAAGACACUCUCACUAAAGGGCAACUCUUAAUUAAAAGGGAUUUAAUGGAAAUGUAAAGAGUCAAACUCUUGAAAGCUUCGCAACAACUUAAUUCCCAUGUCUUUUGCACAGAUUUUUGCCCUGUUUGCAGUCUGGAUUAGUCUAACUGCCAAAAGUCAGAGCCUACCAAUUUUAGGCAGUUAGAGUUAACCGAUUUUGCCGAAACUUGCAUGGUGGCCACCAACUCUGAUUUUUUAGCUUGAGACUAUAGAUGCGUCCCAAUUCACGUACUUAUGCACUAUUCUAUGAAGUUUUUAAGUACAAAUAAGUACUUAAUUUCCAAAAAGAAAAAGUGCACUUUAAAUACCCGGAUGAUGCACUAAGUUAACGGAAAAAAACAAAGUGUGGAAUAUUGGACACUUCAUGCACUCAACUGUCACAGAUUUAAUUACGUAGCGGAGGGGGAGGGGGUAUCGGACUCCGUUGUUAAAUGACAAAAUAACCUUUUACAUUUCACGUACUACAUGCAUGAGUACAUAGUGCAUAAGUACAUAGUGUAUAGUGCGUCAUUUGGGAUGCAACUUGUGAUUCAGUCUAGUUGGAAGAUAUCAAACAUGUUCGAUAUUUUGAGCCAAUUUUAGAAUGGAUAUCGUUUUCAUUUGUCACAAAUCUCCUAGCAACAAGGCACAUGUUUCUUUGUGAGUUUGUUGUGUUGGAACCAUAGAUAUAUAAACAUAGCUGCCUCAUUAUAUAUAAACAUAGCUGCCUCAUUAGUAGCUGUUUCUAUUGGCCACUGUAUGUAAGCAGUCCGCCAUAUUGGAUCAGUCAAAACACCGGUCCAUGAACAAUCGAGAGCAAAUUGACUGUUCGUCUGCAACCGUAGUUAGAUGCAUGUAUGAAUAUCUACUUGCAAUAGACUUCAGCAGAUGAUUUUGCUAAACUAACACAAUACAACAAGACAAAGGCAUCAGCUAACACAACAUUCAAAAG